CGAAGUGAGCGAAGAACAACAGCACCGCACACAUUUCGGUAGUGGCGAUUAUAAAUAUGCAAAUAACCUGGAAAGCUAGAUAUUGUUUCAGUUUUGCAAGUAGUUGUGUUUAGUGUUACGCCUGUAUUUGCUCCACAUGGAUCAAGACACGUUGAAACAGCUGGUGAAGUUGACGCAGGAGGGGAAUCUGCGCUCUCUGCAGGAGCUGAUGACCGACGCACUGAUGCUGGAGGUCUGCGGGAAACACCUGGGUCGCUCCGGGGACACGCUCCUGCACUACGCUGCCAGACACGGACACUCGGACAUCGUGGAAUUCCUCGUGAAGCGAGUGGGUGUGGACGUAGAAGUAUACAACAACGACUAUAAGAGACCGCUGCAUGAAGCCGCCUCCAUGAGUCAGUUAGCCUGCGUCAAGUUUCUUCUCUGGGAAGGAGCCACGGUGGAUUCGCUGAAGAAGGCAGAUUGGACCCCUCUGAUGAUGGCUUGCACGCGCAGAAACCGGCAGGUGAUCCAGGAGCUUCUGAAUCACUCCGCUGACCCCAUGCUGAGGAACAAAGAUGGGUGGAACUGCUUCCACAUCGCCUGCAGGGAAGGAGAUCCCCAGGUCGUCCAGCUGCUGCUUCUUGCCGCGCCAGAUGUUUGGAGGACCAAGAGCAAGACGGGCAGGACGCCACUGCACACUGCAGCAAUGCAUGGCUGCCUGGACGUUGUGGAGAUCCUGCUGGACAGAUGUGACUACACACCUGACACUGCUGACAGCUGUGGAGUGACUCCAUUCAUGGACGCAGUCAGAAACGGACAUGUUGCUGUGGCCAAGCUCCUGCUGGAGAAGCACAAGGCGUCUCCGUCAGCUACUGACACUCUCGGAGCUCAGCCUGUUCACCAGGUGGCCGUCACAGGCCAGGACGCAGCACUGCACUUCCUCGUCCGGGACCUUAACAUGGACGUGAACCAGAGAGCGACAAUAAUCCAGCUCACCCCUCUUCAUUACGCUGCCAAGGAAGGGCAUGUGUCUACUUUGAAGACGCUGGUGGAGCUGGGAGCUGAUCUUCAGGCACGGGACAAAAAAGGAAGAUCAGGUUUGGGCUCUGCACAUGGCUUGCAUAGGUCAACACACACACGUCGCCAGGACACUUUUACAGCUCGGACUCAAAGACUCUGAAGAUUCGUCCGGCACAACAGGACGGCAACUGGCUGUAAAACCAGACUUGAUUCAGUUGUUUGAGUCAGAGUUUAAAGAUACGUUGUGAUCAAACUGUUGGAGCAGGAGUUGUGAAUGUAAAUAAAUAAAAUGGCAGAAAGGUUCAUCAGUUGUCGUGAGGUUUAAGACAGGUAUUUAUAUUUCACAUUCUGCCAGUGACAUGUUCAAUGUGUAAUGUGUAGGUGUGACUAAACAGGUCCACCCUGCCAACACAAAUAAAAAAGUAUAC